CUUUUGUCGUCGUUUGUUGGUGCUUUUCGUCGUCGUCGUCGUCGUUUGUUGCUGCUUUUCGUCGUCGUUUGUUGGUGCUUUUCAUCGUCGUUUGUUGGUGCUUUUCGUCAUCGUUUUUGGUGCUUUUCGUCGUCGUUUGUUGGUGCUUUUCAUCACCGUUUGUUGGUGCUUUUCGUCGUCGUUUGUUGGUGCUUUUCGUCGUCGUUUGUUGGUGCUUCUGGCAUCGUUUGUUGGUAUUUUUCGUUGUUGUUUGUUAGUGUUUUUGGUCGUCGUUUGUUGGUGCUUUUG